UUCAAAAAGCAAAAUAUCUAUUAUCAAAACCCAUUUUAUAUAUGCCUUGAAAGAUCUGCAAUGGCGUAAUCAAAUUCUGUGCCUAACGGGGUGAAGAGUCAAGAGAGCAAAGUUCAAACUCUCCAAUACUGAAAAAGAAAAAAGAAAAAAACAUGGCAGAGAACAAACGGGAAAAGCACUUCGUGCUGGUGCAUGGGAUGUGCAAAGGAGCUUGGUGUUGGUACAAACUCAAAACCCAGCUCGAGUCUGCUGGUUACAGGGUCACAGCACUCGACCUAGCAGCUUCUGGAAUCAACAUGAAGAUGAAGUCAAUCGAAGAUAUUCUUACGUUUCAUGAAUACAGUGAGCCCUUGUUGGAGAUGCUAGCCUCCCUUCCUUCCAAUGAAAAAGUCAUACUUGUGGGACACAGCCUAGGGGGCAUCAAUUUGGCCCUGGCCAUGGACAAGUUUCCGGAAAAGAUUUCAGUUGGGGUUUUCUUAACAGCAUCCAUGCCAGAUACCACUCACCAGCCAUCAUAUGUUUUGGAUAAGUGCUUUGGGAACGUCUCAGCAGAGGAGUGGUUGGACACUCAAUAUUCACCCUACAGUGGACCUGAACAGCCCCUCAUAUCAGUGACGUUAGGCCCUCAGUUCAUGGCAUCCUAUCUUUAUCAGCAGUGCCCUGUUGAGGACCUUGAACUAGCCAAGACUUUGGUGAGGCCAGGAUCAGCAUUUCUACCAGAUUUGUCCAAGGCAACCAAGUUCUCUGAUGAGGGAUAUGGAUCCACAGCACGAGUCUAUCUUGUGUGCAAGGAGGAUAGAGUAAUGCCGGAGGAAUUCCAACGCUGGAUGAUCGAGAACCACCAGGUAAACAAUGUAAUGGAGAUUGAGGGUGCUGAUCAUAUGGCAAUGUUAUCCAAGCCGCAAGAAGUUUGCCGUUGUUUAUUAGAGAUUGGAAAACAAUAUGCCUGAAUUUGCUCUUAGCGUGGCAAAAACAAAUGAUGCUGUUGGCUAAAUUUAGUUCAUCAGUUUAUGUAUUUAUACCAAGUUGUUUUUCAUUUUUUUUUAUAUUGGGGAUGGGGGAAGAGACAUGUGAACUCAUAAUUCAAAAUAACUACUGAGUUAAAAUUUCAGAUUCAACUGUUUUUCAUUUUUAUAUAGAAGAAACCAUUAGCACAAUCUAGGUUAUGAAAAUACAAAUUUGCAUUCUUUUUUGUUACUUAAACUCCCACUAUCCAUCCACUUUGUCUGAGUCAACGCAUAAUAAAAUAAGAUAAUUUCCUCAUUGCAAUAAAUUUGUUAUUAAUGGAUUCAUUUCCUCCAUUUCAACUAUAGGCCCUGUUUCCCU